UGCCUUUUUGCGGCAGAAAUGUUUUGGUUUUUGUUCGCUUUUCAUUUCAAGUUUGAGGCAUCAAGAUACAACCCUGAAACAGUAACUUAAGUAAGAUGGUUGCAGUGCUGACACGACUUGAAUAAUGGAUUCCACUGAGGGGGACCCAGACUGCUCCUCUGUAAGUGCCGCUGCUAGAGUAGGAGACAGUGAAUCUCUGCAACAGCUGAUAGUAAAUGGAUCAUGUAUUGAUGUUCAAGACAGUCGAGGCUGGACAGCCCUACACGAAGCAGCUAAAGCUAACCACUGUGACUGUGUGAAGAUAUUACUCGAACACAUUGAAGAUGAAAAAGAUGUGAAUGUUGUGACUUUGCAAGAGGAAACUGCGCUGCUAUUUGCUGCACAAAAUGGAAACAAGGAGAUGAUAGAGCAACUACUCCAACAUGGUGCCGACCUAGACAUAUUUGAUAUGAGAGAGAUCUACCCACUUCAUGCAGCUGUGGAAGGCAACCAUAGAGAGUGCGUCGAGUUGCUUCUCAAGAACGGCGCGAGUGUGAACUGUACGGAUGGAAACGGUUUUUCAUCACUCCACAAGGCUGCCUACAGUGGCUGUGUGGAUAUGGUCAAGUUUUUGCUGGAGUCUGGUGCUGAGAUUGAUGUGCACUGUUAUCACGAGUUUACACCGAUGUAUGCUGCAGCACUGAACGGGUACCUUGACUGCUUGAAGCUUCUCGUUGAACAUGGUGCAGAUAUCAACAUAACCACUGAUGAUGCAACUCCUUUGUACACAGCCGCAAAGGAAAACCACCCAGAUUGCGUGGAGCAUUUGCUUGAGCAGGGUGCGUCGAUAACGAUUUCACGUGCAGUGGAUAGUACUGAUGAUGAAAGCCUAGAGUUGGCACCCAUUCACAUUGCAGCUGGUAAAGGCCACAUGACGUGUCUGAAGCUACUUUUACCAGUAAGUCUUGGAAUGCUGCAGGAUGAUUAUAUUGACUUUGACAAAGAAUUACAGACACCAAUGCAUCUUGCCGCGAAGAAAGGUCACAUCAAGGUCAUCAAAGCCCUUCUCAAGGCGGGAUGCGGUCCUGAUUUCGGCCUGGUAGAUUUUCCUAAAUAUUAUAGAAAGAAGUUGAGAGCUUCACAACCUGUGACGUUAGGUGCAAUGUACAAUCUACAAUCUACAAUUUAGUGUGGCCAAGCUGCUGUUGGACAAGGGUGCCUUUGUGUGCAAUGCAGAGGGUCUACACUGCCUUGUCAAAGAGAGUGCCGGGCACUUACCAUCUCUGAAAUUCAUUCUAGAAUACGGUGCAGAUGUUGGAUGUCACCACAUGAACCUUGUGAAGCUACCAAAAAGUCUUAAAUGUGUCAUUUUACUCUUGAAAUCCGGGAAGCGUUGGAGCUUUGACUGUUCGGACCAUUGUGGUUUUUGCUACAGGUACUUGUCCCCUUGUUAUUGGCGUGAUAGGACAUGGUGGCUUAAGAUAAUCAAGUUGGUGUACAACUUUGUGGGCAGGCUCAGACUGUGUCAACACACCAGCCGUUAUAUACAAGACCACAGUGAGUUGAGCGAGGUACUGGAAUUAACAGGGAAGCCGCACUCUCUGGAGCAUCUCUGUAGAGUCGCAUUCACAGAGCAUGUUGGAACGGUGCGUGCCACGAAGAUCAUCCCCAAGAUGGACUUCCUUCCAAAGCUGGUCAGGGAUUAUCUCCUCUAUGAAGAUAUCACUUUGCCAAGAACAUAAGGAGAUUAACCCUCCCACCGUGGGUUCCAUUCUCCAGUUGAGUUGACCAACCACUUGAAGCCUUUAAACAGUGUGGGUUGUGUGUACAGGCAAUUCCAUGCUCAGAACUAACUCUUUACAUGUGUGUACUGUGUAUUCACCACAUGAUAUCAUAUUGCGGGCUGGUAUGUUUAUCUAUCAAUCAUAACCACAGUGGUUGACAUUGAGUGGUCAGAUAGUAGGAGGGUUAACUGUGUACUGUGUAGAUGUAUUCACCACAUGAUAUCAUAUUGCGGGCUGGUAUGUUUAUCUAUCAAUCAUAACCACAGUGGUUGACAUUGAGUGGUCAGAUAGUAGGAGGGUUAACUGUGUACUGUGUAGAUGUAUUCACCACAUGAUAUCAUAUUGCGGGCUGGUAUGUUUAUCUAUCAAUCAUAACCACAGUGGUUGAAAUUGAGUGGUCAGAUAGUAGGAGGGUUAACUGUGUACUGUGUAGAUGUAUUCACCACAUGAUAUCAUAUUGCGGGCUGGUAUGUUUACCUAUCAAUCAUAACCACAGUGGUUGAAAUUGAGUGGUCAGAUAGUAGGAGGGUUAACUGUGUACUGUGUAGAUGUAUUCACCACAUGAUAUCAUAUUGCGGGCUGGUAUGUUUACCUAUCAAUCAUAACCACAGUGGUUGAAAUUGAGUGGUCAGAUAGUAGGAGGGUUAACUGUGUACUGUGUAGAUGUAGUCACUACAUUGUACAUAUCAUAUUGAAGGCUGGUAUGUUUAUCUUUCAUUCAUUUUUUAUCACCACAGUGGAUGAUGUUUCCACUAGAGCAUUUCAAGGGCACCAAGACAUGACCAACUUUUAUAGGCCUACCCUUAUAACUUGAAGCUGUUUUUCUUAAUGAUUAAUAAUUAGUACACUUUAUUUGCCAUUUGUACUUUCAUUAUUUUGUUACAACUGUUAGAGAAGAUUACAAAUAGUUGAGAUAAAGAUUAUUGAUGGCUAUUUCACUUAAUUUUGUUAA